AGAUGUCGCGACUGAAUCACUCGUACAAAACUUAACGAAAGUGGCGCUGUCAUCAUUGUUGAUGUCCCACUUUGUCAGCUGGUCAGGAGUCUCCAGGAAACCAGUGAGAAUCUCAAAGAACAAUGUCUAGCAACUACUAUUUUGCCAUUGUGGGCCACAAUGACAAUCCCAUCUUCGAGAUGGAGUUUGCCAGUUCCAACAAAGAACAGAAGAAGGAAGAUCAUCGGCAUCUGAAUCAAUUCAUCGCUCACGCCGCCUUGGAUCUUGUGGAUGAGCACAAGUGGAAGACCAACAACAUGUACAUCAAGUCGAUAGACAAAUUCAAUCAGUGGUUCGUCUCUGCCUUCGUCACGGCCAGUCACAUGAGAUUCCUGAUGGUGCACGACACGCGGAACGACGAGGGCAUAAAGACCUUCUUCAUGGAGAUGUACGAGAGCUACAUUAAGCACUCCAUGAACCCCUUCUACACGAAGAACACGCCCAUCCGCUCGGCGAUGUUCGACAAGAAGGCCCAGCUGUUCGGGCGAAAGUACCUGGUUUCCUGAGGUCUGGGGGAACUGAUCAACUUCUAACUCCAAGCGGAAUUUAUUGAACAUCUGCGCUCGUGACACUAUUCCAAAUAAA